AUGGCCAGAUCUUGUAGUAGGUGCGAAUAAAGAUGUAUUAACUUGAAGAUUUUGAUGCAAUUUGCGUAUUUCUAUGGCAAGAUUCAAGAUUUUAUCGGUUUAUACAAUAAAACUUUACAACAAAUGAAGUGGAAAGAACUAUCUUUACAAAACAAAAAAUGACAAAAACAUACAAAAUUAAAAUGUCAGAAACUUACUUUACAAACUCAUAAAUGGCAGUAAAUUUUUUUACAAACCAUAACUUAGCAAAAACUUUAUAAUUUGAUUAAUGUUUUAAAGUUUUGGGUCAAAAAUUUUAUGUUUUCUUAAAUUAAUUCUAACUUUUUCAGGUACGAGUACGAAGAUGAGAAGGAUCAGGAUGAUCACGUCAUGCCGUCUUACCAGUCUGACUCGCUUUCGCGAGAGCGGUUCAUGGAACAACAAAACAACCGGGAAACCGACUGGAUGACCAGUCUUGGAUUGACCUCGGUAUGUGAUAACUCAUUUUUAAAGUUGGAUUUAUAAAUUGUUUUAAAAUCUUUUAACAAAUCGAGAGCCGCCCUCUGUAUUACGGUUGAUAACAGAGUCCGCCCCUUAAACCCCUGUUUUCGACUCCUUGCGAGCCGUUUUUGGCGCCAAAAUCGCCGGUCCCCCGACCUCCGCGAGCCAAGGCCGAUCGUACACACACACACCCACACUGUGUGUUCGGUCUCUAUUCGAUUGUAAUAGCGAACCGGACUGCGGCUCGGCCCUUGCGCACCCUGUUUUUCAGCGGGAAUCGCGCAAUUCGAAAAUUCAUUUGUGGAUUUUCGUCCUUUACAACCGACAGUCGGUUGAUUUUAUACAAAUUUUGGGGUUAAAAUGUGGAAGUGUUUUACGAUCUUUAGGCAUUGUAUUUUACAAUAUAUUUAUUUUUUUCAUUAAUUAUUUUAUGUCAUAUGGUGGAUUUAAAAAAAAGGUUUUUAAAGCCACAUUUUAUAGUGAAAACAACUUAAAAUAUUAUUUUCACUUCAAAAAUUUAAUUAUGUAAAUUUUCUGAAUAUUACAUAAAAUAAUGUUGUUUUUAUUUAUUUCCGCGAUAUUAUUUACCAUUUUGGUCGAAAACCCCGUUUUCGCGCGAUUUGUAAUGCACGCGUGAAUUUUAUGGAAAGACACGUGAAAUAUUAUGCAUUUUCAGGUUUCUCGCGCCAACACCGUGCGUCAAACCAAGACUCAGACGUUGUCUGCCAUCUCCAAAGGCAGUUCGACUAAUAAAUUUUCAAUAAUGAUUCGGUAAGCUUUUUAAAGGUUUUUUUUAUAAUUUGAUUAAUAUUUUAAAGUUUUUGGCCAAAAAUUUAUGUUUUAUCAAAUAACUUAUAACUUUUUCAGGUACGAAUAUGAAGAUGAGGAGGAUCAGCAUGAUCAUGUCAUGCCGUCUUGCCAGUCGGACUCGCUUUCUCGAGAGCCGUUCGUGGAACAACAAAACAAUCGUGAAACCGACUGGAUGACCAGUCUUGGAUUGACCUCGGUAUGUGAUAUGUUCAACUUUAAUCAUGAUUAAAGUUGAACUUGCAAUAGAAAAUAGGGAGAUUUAAGGUGUAAAAGGCUAAAACAAAGUUGUAAUAGGGUUUUGUGAAGGGUUAAAGUUUAAUUUUGGCGAGAAACAAGUAAAUUGAGGUAUAGUUUUAGUUGAUAUUGUACAUGACUAUCUAGGUCAAAUGAAGUUUGGAACUUGUUCUAAAAUCUUUUAACAAAUUUUUUAAACACAGACGUAAAAAUACGUAAAAACGCUUUAUUAAUUUUAGUUUCUUUAUUUCAGGAUUUUGUCACUGGAGAAAGCAUUCAACUUGACCAAUACCACUCUGAUACUCUUGGUUUUGGAGACUCGGACUUUUCUGCCUUGGGCGCAUAUGUGGGGGAUUGUGAACCAUCCUAUGCGCAACCUAUGAACAGCACCUUGAAUGGGAUGGAAGAUAGCAAGGAUUGGUACAUUAGUUCGUUUGAUGCACGUUCUACCAGCCAGGAGAUGGAAGAGAGCCAGGAUCUAACAAAUUUGGAGCUUGAAUGCCAAAGAUACGAAAUGGACACACAAGAGAUGGAUUCUCAAGACUUUUUGACCUAUGAAUCAACCAGAUACGAGACGAACAACUACGAAAUGCAACAGAAUGUUUACGAGGAAAAGGAGAAUAUGCCAAUUGAGAAGCCAAAACGAAAGAUCAAGCAGCCGUCUCAGAGAAGGCCAAUCGAUCAGUUUCAGCCUGUAAGUGGCUACAAAAAGCCAUACUUUUCAUACUCUUGUUUGAUCGGAUUGGCUCUGAAAAAUUCACCUAACGGAAGACUGAACGUCGCUGACAUCUAUAGAUUCUUAUGGUAAGGUAUUUUUAAAUUAUUAUAACUUUUAGGUCUAUGUGACUCUCAAAGCGGGAUUUACUUUGUUAGUUAGAGAAGAUAUUGAACUAAUUUUGCUCAAAGUUUCAAGUUAUCAACUGCUUUUUGAAAAAAGUUAUAUUCAAAAGAGUGUGGUUUAUCUAACAUAAUAUCCGAAAAAAUAUUUUUUGGUGGUUUUUUGAUGUUUUUUUCUUGGGUAUUGAUAUUUUUAGGUAACAUAAGGUUUUUAAAAGAUUAUUUAUUGUUUUUUGAAUUAUAAUUAUAGGUAUUGACAUUAACCUUAAUGUGUUCUAGUUUUUUUGCUUUUGGGUUUGAAUAAGUCGAUUUUUGAGCAUUUCUUGUUUGUUAUCGUUGUUUUAUGUAACAGGAAAGGUUUUAAAAGAUGCUUUAAGUCUUUGUGAUUAAAAUUAUGUAGGUAUUGACAUUAAUUUUGGCCUUUUUCAGUGAACAUUUCCCUUUUUUCCGCGAAGCUCCAACUGGCUGGAAGAACUCGGUGCGCCACAACUUGUCUCUGAACAAAUGUUUUAAAAAGGUUGAGAUUCCACCCAGCCCUCGAGGCGGUCGAAAAUCAUGUCUUUGGGAACUGCAAGACCAGCGCGAGGAGAAGAUGGAGCAGGAGCUAGCCAAGUGGAAGGAGAGAUGCCUCCCGACCAUUGAGUAUGCCAUGGCACGACCGCAGCUUCUGGAUGACAUUAUUGCUGGUAAGGUUGGGAUGCCUCCACCAGACCGUGUCUUUCCUGACCCUGAAUGUGAUCCAAGAACGAUUGUUCAACCUGUCUAUGUUGAUGAACAUGGAAUUGAAUAUCAACAGAAUCCACGUGCUCCUAUCACUGGUAAGAGAUUGAUUGGUAAGAUUUUUGGUUUUAAAAUUGUUUAAAACGGCAAAAACUUUUUAAAAAACAUUAGAAAUCGACCUCCAAAUUUAAAAAAAAAAACUAAUUUCAAAAAUUUUUAGUGACCCAGUCCGAGCUGCCGUCCACGAUCAACUGUCAGCCUGUAAACCAGAGGCCCUCAGCGACUAUGCAUGGAGACAUUGCUGAUUACGACCCGACUUUUGAUUUGACCGGUCGUAGAUACGAUGACCUCGGCCUAGGAUCUGUAACUCCACCACUAAACAGUCAAGAACAACCAGGCCCAUCCAAUUGGAGACCGAAUUCGGCCGCUUCUAGCCACGGGUUCCCGGUUCAAUAUAUUGAUGAUAACUCGAACCAAGGCUACUACGUGGCUUCUGAAUCCGGCUCUAACCAAGGAUAUCAGAUGACGAACCAAGCUUACCACAUGGAUUACGCUACUGGAGUCACUAUGAAUUUGGCUUCUGGAGUCAAUUCAGAAUUCCGGUCUGAGCCAGAAUCCAAUUCAAAUACGUCACCAAGAAGUGAGCUGCCGGACGUCAAAGACGAAGAAAGUGAAGCCCUAGUGUACACCACCCUCGAACCAGUGAAAAAAGAAGAAACCCAAGGUGAAGAAGCGAAGGAACCCAAGAAAGAAAUAAAAGAAGAAACGGUGAAAGAAGAGGUACAACAAACUGAAGUUGACGAAGCUCCAAGAGAAGAAAGUCCUAUUUUAACUGCGUUACGGCCGAUUUCUGGACUCACUGAAUCGACCGGUCAAGCCGGAAAUCAAGGUCAAGCUGGAGGUCAAGUUCAAGUCACAACUCAAAUCGGUCAAACCUCAAGCCCAGCUCCCAAUUCUCAUGGACCAGUCCAACAAAUCAUCCGUGAGAUUCGGCCAAUCCAGCAGAUCAUUCGCCAAAUCCAACCUGCCCGAGGUUGCGAACUACCCCCUCGAGAUGGUCAAGCCGGUCCACGUUACGUUCAACAAGUACGUCAAGGUCAGCAAGGCCAGCGACGUCAAGUUAGACGUGUUUCACAUCAACAGGUUCGCAACCGUGAGAUUCAACGUGAAAUACGUCACGUUCAGGGCAACACUCGUCAAGUUCACCGUGAGGGUCGUCAGAAUCAUCGUCCGAUUCACGUCUACAAUACCCAGCCGACCUACCUCCACGAAAACCAACAACCGUACCAUCAAGUGGUCUACCGGGCCAUCGACCCACCGUCCACUCACCAACGUGCCGCCAGAACGCUGGAGUCGCUGCUGAACCGCAAGAAGCAGGCUACGUCACAUCCGCUAAACCAGUCAUCUGGAGACGAAAACGAGCCUCCAACUGGUCCUUCUGGUACUCAUAGCGCUACUUUUGCUGGUACUACUUCUUUCAAUGGUGCUGGUCUAAGUGGUACCACUUUGGCCCCGUUUUCGGCUUCUACUGGUGGCUCGCUUCAACGCAGUGCCAUUAGCACAGCACCAUUCUCGGCUUCAACUGGUGCUAUCAAUUCUACUACUUCAGCUGGUACUGUUGAUUCCCAGUCGACUUCAUUCGCAGCUUCAAAUGGAGCUAUUGGAACACUGCUGAACUCAAGUGGACCAAAUGGUUCACACGCGUACCAAAACGGUACAACCGUUUUGAAUGGAGCCCCAGGCACUGCCGUCCACAUGACCAAAAUCAGGAUCACACGUGGAGCCAAUGGUGCCAACCAGACCCAGUACCUCGUCCGCCGUUGCCCAGCGCUUGCUGCUCGGGCGCCAGUGGCCAGACCCGUCUUGUCAUCGCUUCCUGGUAAAUACAACAGCCCCUGA